AUGCAACUUCCCUCCGAAGAGACGAGUCGUGAGGAAUGUGCUUCUAACCCCGACGAAUCUAUAGCCAACCCAAAUACAACACUUUGGCAAGCUUUUCGGAUUUCUUGGAAAGUAGUCGGGGCUUGUGGUCUAUUGACUUCCGCAAUCCUCCUCUAUGGAUAUGACAAUGUAAUUGUCGGGACUGUCACCUCGAUACCAGCAUUUCAAGAGCACUACGGCACCCUAGACGAUGAUAGCUACAUACUCCCCGCCUUAUGGUUAGGCAUAUGGAAUGCCUCGGGUUCUAUCGGAACGAUGAUCGGUGCCAUCAUGGGUGGUUUUAUUCAAGAUCAAUACGGUCGCAGAUUAUCCCUCGCGCUUGGAAGUGCCCUAUCUGCCAUCGCGGUCGCCAUAUGCUACGUUUCUGACCUGCCAGCGGGGAUGGAUUCACGACGAGGGGUAUUCCUGGCUUGCAAAUUGCUGCAAGGCAUUGCAAUAGGGGGCGUUAUGAGCACAACGCAAACAUACAUGUCCGAAGUCCUUCCUCCCCGACUGCGUGGUCCAGUUUUGGCAUUUUUUCCUAUCUUUACACUUUUUGGACAGCUAGUCGGUGCUGUGGUCGUGUACGUUUCUUUGGACAAACCCGGAUCAAUGUCGUAUAGAAUCUGUUUUGCUUCGCAGUGGGUGUUUUCAGCACUUCCACUCAUCUUGGCCACAUUCUUGCCAGAAAGUCCUUCUUGGCUCACUCGCCAAAGUCAACAAGAGAAAGCGUUCAAAGCACAGCGACGAUUGGAAGAUUCCGAUGCUGCCGCGAGCGCAUUCAGACUACUAUUAUUGAAAGAGCGGCAAUUGGGAACUUCUUCAUAUCUUGAUUGUUUUAAGCAAACUAAUCUGAGACGAACAUGGAUCGUGGCAUUUGCAAAUAUUCUACCCCAGCUCUGGGGCUUAACCCUUCUGGCUAAUGCUAGCUACUUUUUACAGGUCAUUGGAAUGAAAUCAGGCAUCAGUAUCAUUUUUUUGAUUGUGGGCAUUGCGUUAGGCCUUGUUUCCAAUGUGAUCAGCAUGAAAGCUUUGGACCUUUUCGGCAGGAGAUACCUGUCACUAAUGGGAAUGGGAAUCUCCACCGUUCUAUGGCUGGCUAUGGGAAUUGCAGGAUGUUUCCACAAUACGGAGGUGAUCAUGUGGUAA